AUUUUGGACAAGUUCACAUGCCUACGGCGCUACCUAACUACCAAGUUCCAACUCGCAAGUCAAUUCUGCAUCAACAACGUAGUUAUUGAGAUUCAAUAGGUUCGGCAAAAAAAGUCGUUGUUGAGAAUUUGUUGUUUGGAGUCUUAUUCCUCCAUCGCAUCACAGUCAAAAGAAAAAGAGAUCUGAUCUGAAAAUGGGGGAGAAAUGGGUGUGGAUGAAAACGGCACAAACGCCCACCAACAUAGCAGUGAUAAAGUACUGGGGGAAGAGGGACGAGUCCCUUAUUUUGCCCAUCAACGACAGCAUCAGCGUCACUCUUGAUCCUGCCCAUCUCUGCACCACCACUACCGUCGCUGUCAGCCCUGCCUUCCAACAGGAUCGCAUGUGGCUUAAUGGCAAGGAAAUAUCCCUUUCCGGAGGAAGGUACCAGAAUUGUUUGAGGGAAAUUCGAAGACGGGCUACCGAAGUUGAGGACAAAGAGAAGGGAAUAAAGAUAGAGAAGAAGGAUUGGGAGAAACUGCGUCUCCAUAUUGCCUCUUAUAACAAUUUUCCUACAGCUGCCGGAUUGGCUUCCUCUGCUGCUGGUUUUGCUUGUCUUGUUUUCGCGCUUGCUAAGCUGAUGAAUGUCAAAGAAGAUGAGAGUCAACUUUCUGCUAUUGCUAGGCAAGGUUCAGGUAGCGCUUGUCGGAGUUUAUUUGGAGGAUUUGUAAAGUGGAUUAUGGGAAAAGAGGAGGAUGGAAGUGAUAGUCUUGCAGUUCAACUAGUUGAUGAGAAACACUGGGAUGAUCUUUUCAUUGUUAUUGCUGUGGUAAGUUCACGACAGAAGGAAACAAGUAGUACCUCUGGAAUGCGUGAGAGCGUUGAGACAAGUUUGCUUUUACAGCAUAGGGCAAAGGAAGUUGUGCCAAAACGCACAUUACAGAUGGAAGAAACCAUAAAAAAUCGUGAUUUUGCAUCUUUUGCACAAUUGACUUGUGCUGAUAGUAACCAGUUCCAUGCAGUCUGCUUGGAUACUUGUCCACCCAUAUUCUACAUGAAUGAUACAUCUCACAGGUUAAUCAGCUAUGUUGAGAAGUGGAAUCGUUCUGAAGGAUCUCCUCAGGUGGCAUACACCUUUGAUGCUGGGCCAAAUGCAGUUUUAAUUGCACGAAAUAGAAAGGCUGCUGCUCAAUUGCUUCAGCGGCUGCUCUUCUACUUCCCUCCAAAGUCUGAUAUUGAUCUGGACAGCUAUGUUAUCGGUGAUAAGUCAAUACUAGAAGAUGCUGGAAUUGAAGGGGUGAAGGAUGUGGAAGCUUUAUUGCCGCCUCCUGAAAUUAAGGAACAUGCGCCAGCCCAGAAAUACCCUGGGGAUAUCAGUUACUUCAUCUGUACAAAACCAGGGAGAGGCCCUGUUCUGCUUUCACAAGAAAAUCAGGCUCUUCUUGACCCAGAUACUGGACUUCCCAAGUAAAUUUGAAGUGUCAUACUUCUCUCUGCACUUGGUAACUUUCUGAGCUGUAAAAUGUCAGUCAGAUUGUCUCUGCUGCUUGUUUUCCUUUUAUCAUGUAUUUGUAUGUUUUUUUUUUCCGUACUUUUUUGCCCCUAUGUGUAGUUGGGGAUUGUAUUCCCCUCCUUCAUUGAAACAAUAAUGAAUAACUGGUUCACUGUUCUUCCAAACCUUGGAGUCUUUUCUUGUAAUUUCCAAUUGUAAUGCAAAAAUCUCUUUUCCUGCA